AUGGCACUGAUUGCUGCGUUUGCAGUCGUCGACGAGGUGAACACGAUCGCUUACAGUACGUACUUCGGAUCACGCUGUCUUCCGAUCGGCGUACCUGGGGAUGUUCUGGAGCUGCUCUGGUCUUCUCAGCCGGCUAAAUUUACUUCUUGGGCAGACCUAACGGAGCUGCAGCUUCGCCGUCUUCUUCCACCACGACUACAUCACGACAUCGCAGAUCUGAUUCUGUUCGCCAACAAUUAUUCACUGGAGCUUCUUGCGCGACGUUGCCUUCUGCGUUUCUGCGUUGCAUCACCGGCGGCCAUUAACAACCAGGUUGCCAGUGCACGUCGAUCCUCCGGCGCGGCAAUUGGUAUGUUCCUCCUCAUCCUGUCGCAUCGCUUCGCCGUAUUUCAUGCUAGUCGUAUCUGGCAGCUCACCGCCGCUGCCAUCUCCAAUCUGAUCCUCGUGGAGGGGCCAGGAAACCCCAUUGAGCAGGUUGCCAAGAAACUGCGAUCUGAUUACGCAGCUGUGAAAGUUUGCUCGUAUGACUGCUCCCCGCUAUUGAUCAACCUCAUCAACGCCAUCAUGUGUGCCAUCACGAAAAUGUAUUGCUCCGUCUGCAAGACGAAGAAGAAGCGCUACACCUUCAUCCCCUGCAAGGAGUUCAUCGAAGAGCUCAUAGGCUCGGGGACGAUGAAUAUCACCUUUACGCCUGGCACGCGCCUCCACUGUCCCCGACUGAAAUGGCCUAUCAACCCUAAUAUCGACAUUACUCACACCAUCUGCGUGGAAUGCGCGUACAUGGGCCAAGUCUGGUAUCAAGGAUUUGAAAAGGCCAAACGUCUCAUGAAGCAAGUGAACAAGGACCACAACCGCAAGUUAUUCGACCCGUCUCGAGGGCCUUCAGCCACUAAUAACAUCAUGGGAGACGCCGGUGUGGAGAAUGUCCAUGAAGACAAUGAUGCCGAUGCCAAUCAGAAUGCCAAUGGCCGCGACAUCGACGCUUUGCCAGCUGAGGAGCUUAACAUGCUCUUGCCCCCUGGCUUCGCCGGCUGUGCGACAUUUCAGAAGCGCCAUCUCAUUUCCACAUGGGAGAAAAAGAAGGAGGCCAGCCCCGAGGAGGCUGCCGUGAUAGCCUACAAAUUCGAGCAGAGAAAGAAAAGUUUUCUGACCAUUUGGAUCCCAUGCUGCACCUUGUGCAAAAAACCCACGGUGGACGAUGCGGUCGACGGUGGAAUCGCCGACGUCGAGUUCGAGCUGGACGUGAUCCUCUGGCCGAUCCUCCAGGGUGUCACGUCGACCCAAGCAUACGGAAGCUGCGUCACCAUCAAUAUUGCAACAGGAUUUAUUCACAAGCCGUGCCAUGCUUGCGUUAAGGAGGAAGAGAAGCUUCGCCAGCUCGUCGAAGAGUUGCUCCAGACCUGCGAGCGAGUGGAAGCAUGGGCGGUCUGGACCUGGCUGCUUUCAAGAGGCGUCGGCGAUAUCCCCUUCAGCGACCAUGGCUGCGUGAGUGUUGGCUUGCCGAUGACGCAGCCACCUUCCAUACAAUCGAUCAUGAUGCUCAUGAGCUUGUCUUGGCAAAGACAGAGCGGCGUUGCUUGGGAAGACGUGGUUAAGUUCGCGCCUCCCACGUCUUGUCCGCUCAGAUCCACUGUCCACAGCCAGCCGCUCUUGGAUCUAUACCAGUGGCCCGAGUUUGCCGAACCUCGCAGCGGAAAAGAGCUGGAAAUUCGACGGCCCGUCCCGGGAGUAGAUUACCGUCUUGGUCCGACGGAGGUAUGCGAGGAUGGGGCGAUGGAUGAAGCUCUAGAGAACGAGGCCGUGGAGGGUAGAUCUGAGGAUGAAUUGAUGGAGAAGGUUCUAGAUGAUCAACCUGCGGUACCUAGCUUGAACCUCGCUAGCGAAAUGCCGCAAAUUGGAAUUACAGACAACCACCUCGACAACUCCGAUAUUGAUCACCCGGCAAAGCCUCGCACCCGAAAAGCUUCAUCUGGAGAAGGUCCCGAAAGCAAGCGUCGCAAAGUCGACCACGUUCGAGACUGCGGCCGUGAGGUCGCGCAGAAGGCGAGGGCAAAGGCGAUCAUCAAAUUUAGCCACCCUGAAAACAAGGCAAACAAACAUUGGAGUUGGUAUUGUGAAUCCCAGACUGAAGUCGGGAUACCUAAAAUACUGGAAACCAAGGCUUGGAUGCUUGUGGUUCGGUUUGAGGGCGCCUACAUCAACGGAGAGGGCCAGGCUGCAAUCAAGCAAAACCUCUCUUAUCCUGUCGUCAAGGAGACACCAGCUAAAACGCCAGAGGUCCAAACCCCCCCCGUCACCGAAGAUGGCAUUCACACACCGGAGAGUCAAUCGGCAGCAACCCAAGCAACCCCAACUGAGCCAGGUUCUUCUCGUGGGAAACACGUGCACUUUCCUUCAACCCCCAAGGACCUUGAGGAAGUGCUCACUUUGGACAACAGUCUCGAGAUCGAAGGAUACGACCGCUUCGGUAACAAGCAAUCUUCAGAGCAAGCUGGCCCUUCCAACGGCAACACCCGUGGUGCGGAGGAAAGUGAAGAGACUGAUGUUGAAAUCCCUGAAGAAUGUGGGUUCUUCACUGAGUGUUCAAUGGGAUGCUUGCACCUCAUCGAUCCUUACGGAACACAACCUGGUAUGAUCUUCAAUUUACCCAUCGGACUUUCCUCGCUCGAGCCUCAAGUCCAGGAGGGCAACCACGCGCAACAUGAGGAGCCGGACCUGGGAAACGGUAUGAAGGCGAGCCAAAUGCCGCUGGGAAGCUGUUCUGAGAGUGUUGAGCCGGAGCUCGAGACGGGCGGCAACGAAGCGCAAAUUGAAGAGCAGAAUCUUGUGCAAUAGAAGGUACAAAAUCCCAAACUUCCGAGGGUGCGUCCGAGGACCUCGCAAUUGAAUGGUACUGGCGUUGGUGUUUUGCAGACUGCUUUCUUUCUCGCUACGCUGGUUGACUUCCAAUGCUCCUCAGGGAACGCCUUGGAAACCUCAUCAGUGCACGGUAGGAGGAUGGGAAAUUGCAGACUGGAUUAUUUCUUUCAUCCAGUUGGAUGUCAGUUAGCGGUUAGGCGAUUUGGUCCUGUGUGAUGACACAGAAGCAAUGGACCGUAUACAUUCGCCGUAUUUGAGCUACAGGCAGAAUUGAAGCUUAUAUGAUACGAGGGCGCUGCUGCUGUGUAGCAACUUACGAGCUUCAUGACCAUUCACUCCACCAAGAAUACGAAUUGGUGAUGCCGGUUGCAUAUGCUUGGCUGCUGGAACAAAGUACUGGCAAAAAUGAAGCAGGUGUG